AUGAGGCCCAUUCUGUUGCUCCCGGUCCUGCUAGCGGCUCUGUAGAUGGUUUAAGAAGGUUCAGCCCCAGCAGGUGGCCCAGACAUCAACAGCAUUUUGGACCACAUCCUGGAAUAGGUGAAGGAGAUUGGAAACACCCUGGAGGAGAAGACCUGGGAUGUUGUGGACUACAUCAAACAGACCAACAUUCCUGCCAAGGCCUGGCACUGGCUUUCAGGCAUAUUCCAUAAAAUAGAGGAGGGACUUAAUACCACCUCUUGA